AUGUCUCAACGUCGCGCUGUAGCGGCCCACUCGGCUGAUCCCGUUGCACCUGCGGCCCCGUCUACUGUCGACCUGUGGGCGGACCGUCAGCCGGGUCGGUCGCGUGCUCCGGCUACCUUGAACAUAUCGCAUCCUCCUCAGCCUCUACCCGAAGUCGGAGCAAGUAUCUUGAACUCCCGGCCAUUGUCUCCCUUACGCCGAGCUGGAUCCGACCCAUCCCCGUCCUUUCGCGGACUUCCUCGCCAGACACCUUCCUCCUUGGUUCGUAGGCACUCAAAGCCGCAAUUGCCUUCACGCCCCUCCUCAAGUCGCGAUGCCCAGCUGAAGAUCCGUAUGCAAGCUCAUGACGACUGUGGCGCGGAAGAGGUAUCGGGAGCCCCCUCUCGGCCAUCCCAAGACCGUGCUACGCCGUCGUCAUCUAGCCCGUCAAGGCCGGCCUCGUCGUCAGAACUACCCACGGUGUUAGCUGCUGCCUCUCCUCCUGCACGUAUCCCGCGCGAAAAACAGCUAAGAUUAGCGAAUCCAGAUGAAGACGCGGCUGAGGAGAAGUCUGCCGUAGCGGAGCAUCUACGAGCCGUCGACCGCGACGCGGAGGAGCACGAAACGAACGCACGCAUCUAUCGUGCUUUGGAGUCUGAAAUCCAAUCAUUGAUUGAUGCACAACAACAACCAUGUACUCUGUGCCUGUGUACCUCGGCGACGAUCACCUAUGAACCUGAACCUGAAGCAGGCUUCUCCAGCGAAGUGCUGGCAGCAUGUUCCAUACAGGAAGCGGGGCAAUCCUCGCCUACCGCUUCAGGAGAUGAACUUCCUGUGACAAUAGGUUGCGCGAGCGAAGUUUCAAGCUCCAGGACUACCACUUCGGCAGCCCGCCAUUCCGAUGCGAGCACGGAUGCACCCCCGCGGCGUGCUCCAUCUCCGAUCUUUGUACCAGUCCAACCUCUCAGACUACCGGCGACGCACUCCCGCUCUACUGCGACUGCGGCCCCGGCUGAGCCGGUGAAUACUGCGGCUCCGCUACCGCAGUUCAGGGACUUGCCAACGAGACAUCUGGACAGAAUCUCGUUUCCUCCCGACUACACCGCUGCCUUGGCACAACCUGCUUACACCGAGCCCGAACCCUCCGCUUCGUCGCUCAGAAACGAGGUCGAAGCGUUGAGAGCAGAAAUAGCUCGAUUGCAGUUCUUGCAGGACCGCCUGGUCAUGGAAAUCCAUGGCGUCUCGAGUCCCCCACCCACAUAUCGCUCCUCCUUAGACACGUCUAGCGCGUGA